UAUAAUGAAACUUUACCAUUCUUCCUGCUGUGCACUGCCUUAUGUUAAUAACUCUACUAACAUUGCUUUCACUUAAUUUAAUGCUGAUUGCCUUUAACAUUUACUAAAUGGUUUUGAAAAUUGCUGUAGUUUAGCCUGAGCCGUUUGUGAUUAGCUGCACCAAUUUGAAAUGGCCAAUUUGGAUGAUGACAGAACCGGCUCUGCGCAUGCCUUUUUGAGAUAUGAGGGUCAUAGAUUGUCUGGUUCAAUUUAUGAGCCACUUAAAAGUAUUAACCUUCCAAGACCAGAGGGGGAAAGUUUGUGGGAUAAAUUGGACAAUUAUUACAGAAUUGUUAAGUCAACAUUGCUACUCUAUCAAAGCCCAACCACAGGUCUCUUUCCUACAAAAACUUACGGGGAUAACCGAAGGGCAAAAGUACAAGACUGUCUUUACUGUGCUGCAUGCGCCUGGGCAUUAGCCCUUGCUUACAGGCGUAUUGAUGAUGACAAGGGAAGGACACAUGAACUGGAGCAUUCUGCUAUAAAAUGUAUGAGAGGAAUUCUCUACUGCUAUAUGCGUCAGGCUGAUAAGGUUCAGCGAUUUAAGCAAGACCCCAAGCCAUCUGAAUGUCUUCAUUCUGUUUUCAGUGCACAGACUGGAGAUGAGGUCUUCUCUCAUGAGGAAUAUGGUCAUCUUCAGAUAAAUGCUGUGUCAUUAUUUCUUCUCUACUUGGUUGAGAUGAUCUCUUCGGGAUUGCAGAUAAUCUACAACACAGAUGAGGUGUCCUUCAUUCAAAAUCUUGUGUUUUGUGUGGAAAGAUCCUAUCGUGUACCUGACUUUGGUGUCUGGGAAAGAGGAAAUAAAUACAACAAUGGCAGCCCAGAGCUGCAUUCAAGCUCUGUGGGGUUGGCAAAAGCAGCUUUGGAAGCAAUUAAUGGCUUCAAUCUCUUUGGCAAUCAGGGCUGCUCUUGGUCUGUCAUAUUUGUGGAUUUUGAUGCCCAUAACCGUAACAGGCAGACUCUGUGUUCUUUGCUACCCAGGGAGUCAAGGUCUCAUAAUACUGAUGCAGCUCUUCUGCCUUGUCUUAGUUAUCCUGCAUUUGCUUUGGAUGAUGAGGCUUUGCUCAGUCAAACACUAGACAAAGUUGUUAGAAAACUGAAAGGAAAAUAUGGGUUUAAAAGGUUUCUGAGGGAUGGAUACAGAACAGCACUGGAGGACAAAACACGGCGCUAUUAUAAACCAGCAGAAAUUAAGCUUUUUGAUGGCAUUGAGUGUGAAUUCCCUCUGUUUUUUAUUUUCAUGAUAAUUGAUGGAGUUUUUAGAGGAAAUUCUUCUCAAGUAAAGGAGUAUCAGGAUCUUCUCGAACCUUUGCUUCAACAUACCUCUGAAGGGUGUCCUGUUGUACCCAAAUAUUAUUAUGUGCCAGCUGAUUUUGUUGAUCUGGAAAAGAAAAACCCUGGCAGUCAGAAGCGAUUUCCUAGUAACAAUGGACGUGAUGGAAAGUUUUUCCUGUGGGGACAGGCAGUUUACAUCAUUGCAAAGCUCCUGGCUGACGAGUUAGUAAGUCCUAAGGAUAUUGACCCAAUAGGACGUUACGUACCUCCACAGGAUCAGAGGAAUGUUAGCUUGAGAUUCUCAAAUCAGGGUCCUUUAGAAAAUGAUUUGGUGGUACAUGUGGCUCUGAUAGCAGAAAGUCAGCGUCUACAAGUUUUUCUGAACACAUAUGGAAUACAAACUCAGACACCCCAGCAAGUGGAACCAAUUCAGAUAUGGGCUCACAAAGAACUUGUCAAAGCUUACUUCCAUUUGGGUGUCAAUGACAAACUGGGACUAUCUGGAAGACCAGACAGACCUAUAGGAUGCCUUGGAACAUCAAAGAUUUUUCGAAUACUAGGAAAGACUGUAGUUUGCUACUCUAUCAUUUUUGAUCUAAGUGAUUUCUACAUGUCUCAGGAUGUUAUGAUGCUGAUUGAAGACAUAAAGAAUGCCCUGCAGUUCAUUAAGCAGUACUGGAAGAUGCAUGGUCGCCCACUGUUUGUUGUACUUAUCCGUGAAGACAAUAUAAGAGGGAGCAGAUUCAAUCCAAUAUUAGAUAUGCUGGCAGCCUUUAAAAAGGGAAUUGUUGGAGGAGUGAAAGUUCACGUUGACAGAGUACAGACAUUAAUAUCUGGAGCAGUAGUUGAACAACUUGACUUCCUAAGAAUUGCUGAAACAGAAGAGACACCUGUAUUUAAGAGCUUGGAGGAGUUGGAUCUUCCAAAACAUUCAAAAGUCAAGAGACAGUCUAGUACUCCAAAUGUUUCUGAACUUGAACAGCAACCAGAUAUAAACAUUAAUGACUGGAAAAACAAGUCAACAUAUGAGAUUCUUCAGAAACUGAGUGAUUGCAAUUGCCUAGCAAGUCAAGCAUUACUCUUGAAUAUUUUACUCAAAAGGGAAGGACCGUAUUUCAUCACAAAAGAAGGUACAGUGGCUGACCAUAUUGAAAGAAUCUACAGACGAGCUGGCAGCAAAAAACUCUGGUCUGUUGUGCGCUUCGCAGCAAGUCUUUUAGGUAAACUAGUGGACAGCCUUGCACCAUCUAUUACUAAUGUUUUAGUUCAGGGCAAGCAGGUGACACUUGGAGCUUUUGGCCAAGAGGAAGAAGUUAUUUCCAAUCCCUUGUCCCCAGCAGUGAUUAAGAACAUCAUCUAUGAAAAGUGUUGGAUCAUCUCAAAUUCACCUGAACUUUUCAGUGGAAUGCUGAAGAUACGGGUUGGAUGGAUUAUCCAUGCUAUGAAGUAUGAAUUACAAAUUCGUGCUGGGGACAUGCCACCCCAGGACUUAUACCAGAUGUCCCCUAGUGAAGUGAAGCAGCUUCUGUUGGAUAUUCUUCAACCACAGCAGCAGGGGAGAAGCUGGCUGAACAGGCGUCAGAUAGAUGGUUCUCUCAAUCGAACUCCUGCUGGAUUCUACGACAGGGUCUGGCAGAUCUUGGAGAGGACUCCUAAUGGUUUAAUAGUAGCGGGAAAUUUUUUACCACAGCAACCCACGUUAUCAGAUAUGACGAUGUAUGAAAUGAAUUUUUCCCUUUUAGUUGAAGAUAUGUUGCAAAACAUCGACCAGCCGGAAUACAGACAAAUUAUUGUGGAGUUGUUGAUGGUUAUAUCAGUUAUUUUAGAGAGAAACCCUGAGCUAGCUUUCCAUGAUAAAGUGGACUUGGACAAAGUGGUGAAAGAUGCAUUUAAUGAAUUUCAGAGAGAUCAGAACAGGACAAAGGGAGCUGAAAUACAAGAUGACAUGACUGCAUUUUACAACACUCAUCCAUUAGGAAAGAGGGGAACAUGCAGUUACUUGAGUAAGGCUGUGAUUGCCAUACUGCUGGAAGGGGAAGUGAAAUCAAGCCAUGAUGAUCCAUGUAUCAUUAGCUAAAGCUUGCAAUACUGCACAAGAAUUGUUGCUUUAUU